GAAAUCAUCGAUAGAGCGACCAUCGAUAAAUUUACAUUUAUUCACGCUUUUGCUUUUAAAACGAAUUGUGCAACAAAUACGGUAAAAAUUUGACUAAUUGCAUUCGAAGUUCAAUAAAAGCAUUUUAAAAAAAUGAGUGACGGAAAGGAACAGAAGCCUGGCGAUGGCAUCCGCUCCAUGCGGAGCACGGGCGUCUUCCGUUUGAUCAACUUUGAACUGUACACAAAGCCGAACAUGGUCGUCAUGGGCCUGGGCUUGACAGCUAUAACUGGAGUCUUUGGAUAUAUUGCCUACAUGCGGUACAAGUACCAGAGUUUGGGCUACUAUGUGGCCGUCAAGGAAGACGGAAAGGAGGAGUUUAUCAAGAAGAAAUCAAAUUGGGAGCUGUAGCAUUGUAUCUUUGUGGAAACUUCUUUAUUCGCUUGAUAGCACAAUUUGGUACAUAAAUUUCUGUUGUUUCGAGUAA